AAUUAGAGGGGUGUUUUCGUAAAAUGUAAACGAAGGAGCUGGUAAAAUACUGCUCCAGCCUUCUCGAGUCUCCCGCUCCGCUCAGCUUGCAGCCCCAUCUUUCACUUGGCUCUAUGCGUUUUCUUCGGAAACCCUAAAAACUGCGAAAUCGAAAACUGUAACAGCUCGGAGGUGCUUCCUCCGGAGAACUUCACAGCUAAGGGCUUAUAUAUAUUAUUUGGGGGAUAAAAGAGUACUUGGAGUAACUUUAUUAUUCCUAAUGGAGGUGGAAGAGUUUGUGAUGGUUGAGGAUGGUAGUUCUGAGCCUCGUGAAGACAAGUUAUCAGUCGAGGUUAACGGUGUUCCGAAAGAGAAUGAGAAUCUGAACGUUGAUUUUCUUGAGGAUUUCGAUUCUUACUGGGAUGAUGUCAACGAUAGGCUGAUUAUCUCUCGUGUUGUGAACGACUCGAUUUUAAAGGGAAUGGUUACUGCUAUUGAGUCUGAAGCUGCUGAGAAGAUUGCUCAGAAAGAGAUUGAGUUGUCGAGAGCUAGGGAGACUUUGUCUCUGUACCAUGUGGGUUCUGAAGAGAAUAAUGAAGUCUCCUCCAAUGGUAAGGUGUCUUUGGAUACUUCGGAUGGGUCUUUGAACAGUCUUAAAAACGUAGCGAGGAAACAGUUGGUGAUGCUCGUUGAAGAACUCACCAGUUUGAGAAAGUAUGUUCACGUCAAUAGAGCAGAUGAGAUAGGGUCCAGUACUGUAGAUAAAAUGCUUGAUUCCUUGAAGAGCAUACUAGAGACUGUGCUGAAGCGGAAGAAUGAAACGGAGCUUCCCUCGUUGUGGUGGCAGCAGGAGCAUGAUUUUCAAAAGGGAAUCGAGUCUGCGGUGGUGACUACUUUUGUUCGUAGUCUCAAGGAUGAGUAUCAACAGAGAUUGUUGGAGAAAGAAGAAGCUGAGUUUGGUGUUAAUAACAAGAGUUCGUUGCUUGGGAAUAUUAAAGAGAUUAGUGGUCUGCGGCAGGAGUUAGAGGCGAUUCGUAAAGCGCUUUCUGAUCAUGAAAAUGGGGACAUAGAGGCAGGGGAGGUCGGGGACAGGAAAAGAGUUGAGCAGUUGCAUCGAAAGAUGUCGGCAAGCCUUAGUUCAGCUUUGGACACAAAUGGUAAGCAUGAUGUUGGCUCAGUGCCCGAGAACUUUGACACUUUGAAGCACUUGACACCAAUCGAGUUGAUCAACCACUUUAACACCGAGAUGAAUCAGAUGAAAAGAGACCAUGAUUAUGAGAUACAGGAGAUGACGGAGCAAUGCUUUACCUUUAAGCGGAAGUACUUGAAUUUGAAGGAAAGAGGUUCCUUUUCUUUUGUUGGGAAGGGCAAAGAGCUAGACGCGUUGAAAAAGAAGAUCCCAUCUGUCAUCUCGAAGCUGGACAAGAUUUUGGCGGAGGAUGAAAGGUUGGUGUCUGAAGGAAAGAACAAUGCUGAGUUUAAAAGCCGAUUGGAUUCUCUUCUACUGGAGAAUCGUCAGCUGAAGGAUUCACUUGCAGAUGCUGCUGAGAAGAUUUCACAGCUUUCUCAGGUUGAGGCAGAUCAUCAGAAGUUGAUUCGAAAGUUCGAGGUAGAUGCUGAUGAUUCUUGUUUUAAGGCUUCUAUCGCUGAAGAUAUUUCUAGGUGUUUUCUGUCGGAGUUUUUGAGUCAGAUUAGAAGUGCAAAUCAGGAAACGGAUUUGGAACAUAGUAUGGUGAGAGAAGCUUAUGAGUUGAAAUUGAAAGAUCUUGAGAGUAAAGCUGACUGUGAAAGAAAUGAUGAUUUUGUGGAUUCGUGUGUCGAGUCUUUCAUAAUGGAAGAGUGUAGUUCGGUUAUAUACAAAGAAGCCUUGAAGGAAGCUGAUAAGAAAAUCGUAGAGUUGAAACUGCGUGUGACAGAAAAUGAAGAAGCUUUGAAAUCAGAGUUGGUUGACAAGGAAAGACUGAACGGGGAGAUUCAUUGGCUGGAAUGUCUCGUCAUGGAGAAGGAGGGUUUGGUCCAGACAGCUGAGAGUAACUUGGCUGCAGAGAGAAAGAAACUCGAGGUGGUUUCUCAACAGAUUAACGAUCUGAAGUCUCAGACAGAACAGCAACAAAGAGAAAUUCAGGAGAAAACAGAAGCUGUAAGAGUUAUGUCGGCACGUGAGUCAGAGAAAAUAAAAGGCUAUGAGAAGAAGAUAUCCGAUUUGAGAAGAGAGCUAGAUUUAGCAAGAGAGAGUUGGGAAGAAACCAAAGAUGAGAAAAGGAAAACUGAGGAGAAGCUAUCAGCGACAAAAGCAGAGAAAGAGUCACUUAGAAAGCAGAUUCUGUCGCUGGACUUAGUUCCUCAAAAAUUCAUGCAAGGUUUCAACAGUCUAGAGGCCUUCGUAGCAGAAAAGACGCAGAAAACGAAUUCCAGGUUGAAAAACAUGCACAGUCAAGUGAGUGAUCUUGCACAACAAAUCAAUGAACUCAAGGGGAAAGCAUCAAUGUACAAGCAACGAUUUGAGAAAAAGUCAAGUGACCUCCAAAAGGCCGAGGCUGAGGUUGAUCUUCUUGGAGAUGAGGUUGAAACACUCUUGGAUCUUCUUGAGAAAAUAUAUAUAGCUUUAGAUCACUACUCUCCAGUUCUAAAGCAUUACCCUGGCAUCAUUGAGAUCUUGAAGCUUGUCCGGAGAGAGCUUAGCGGAGAAGCAAAGAGACCACCAGCAGAUUGAUGGGCUACAAUCUCUUUCCACAAUAGUUUUAUUUCUCUUCUUUUGGUGUACAGAUCUGUCAGGCUUAUGUAAUGUUGUUGAUGUUUAGUUUCUACGAGUCUUUUUUUUUGUUGUUCAGUAGAUUCGGUUAUUGGUUAUGUACUUGUGAUAUCAACUGCAGAAUGUGAUGUUGGACCCCGGGAUCUUUUAAUCUAAGUAUACAGUUGGAUUAUA